UGAUUUAACAGUUUUCUAUUGGACAAUGUCAUCAAAAUCAAGUUCAAAAAGUAGUCGCGGAAGUGCUGCGCUUUUUUAUUUCAAGUGGAGUUCUACAACUUUCGACGCUUACACAAAAACUGUCAAAGCAAAUUAUUUGAAAAUUUUGGUUGCUCAUUGCACACGGGCUCGAUUGGGAGAUGAAAAUGCAAGCAAGUCAUUCGAUUUCAGUGAACUGGGAGCCAAUCCAAGAAUUGUCAAAGAUGAUCGAGAGGAUAUUAGAAGACGAUUAAAAGAUGCAAAAACCAGAGUUUGGACCAAUGAAGAAGCUAAGCCAGUAACGCCUGUCUCUCUUGGUGAGCUAUCUGCACUUUACCGCCUCAAAACUCUUACAAAAAUGUGUGAACAACUUGGAGAAGUGAUGAUUAGAAUGGUCAAAUGGCUUGAUAACAACACAAAGGUUUUCUCAAAGUUUGGAGGAAAGGCAGAAAUUUUCGAUUAUGUCAAGAGAAUUUUCGAGUCAGUAUGUGCAAUUGGAGAAAUUUUCCGGCUCACGUCUGUGAGUUGGAAGUCAUCGAAAUAUGCGCAUCUGUUGAGCCCGACUGAAAAAGAGUAUGUUCGAUCGGAAGAUGAAAGAUUGGAGAUUGAUGCAUCGGCUGAAAAGUAUUGCCCACAGCUUUUGAGUCAAAUUAAUUACUUCAGAACUUUGAUCUACAUCAUUGCUUGUUCGUUCGAAGGAUUGCUUGAGACAUUUUUUGUAUCAAUUCACCAAGAUAGAUGCGAUAUUCGUCAAAAAGAAAUCAAAGUUAUCAUUCAAAAACUUCCUCCUCAAUAUCUCUUUGCAAAGGACACUUUGGAAUUCUCGCAUCGAACUGAGAAUCUUUUGAAGCAUCCACCAAAAAACGCUAGAAGCUUUCCUAUGAAGGCAAUUCAGGAGAAUUCAGAAGAUUCUAAAAAGAGGGAAUCACUCAAGAACCUUGCUCACAGCAAAAAGUCGACAAAAGCGACAUCUAGUAAGUACUAUAACGGAAGAAAUGGCGGGGAAAAAGGAUCAAUGGAGAGAUCUCAAAGAAGUUUGAAAUCAGAUGGGACUCAACCUUCUUCUGAUAAAAGCAAGAGCAAGAGCAAAAGCAAAUCGAAGAAAUCAUUGAUCAAGAAAGUUCUCAACAAUGGAAACAACUCGAAGCAAUCCGAUAAAGAAUAAUUUUUGUAUUUUUCUAAGUUUUUUUUUGUUUUUUUGUAUGAUUGUGUUUAGUAAAAUAAAAUGGUUAGGGUU